AUGAGAUUUUCCUAUUUGUUACCUGCUACUGUUUCCUUAUGCAAUGGGAUAGUUAAUUCACACCCUAUUGAAGAAGAUAUUUCUCAGUUAAACCCAACACUUAGUUUUCCGGAUCUAUUGAGUUUACCACCUUCUACUAUACCUUUGAAUUGGGCUAUUGGUGAUGACACAAAAUUGGAAGAAGGUCGUUUUAUCUUAACACCAGGAAAAGACUCUAAAGGUUCCAUUUGGCAAAAAAAUCAGCUUUUCUUGGAAGAUUCUAUUACAAUUGAAUGGACUUUUAGGAGUAGAAAUUUCGAUGGUAUUUCUAAAGGUGGUCUUUCCUUCUGGUUACUUUCUGAUGAUAAAUUAUCUAGAGAGGAACAACUUUUUAAUAAAGAUUUGUAUAACGGGCCAUCCAAAUUUGAUGGUUUACAAAUCUUAAUUGAUAAUAAUGGACCUAUUGGUCCUUCUAUCCAUGCUAUCUUAAAUGAUGGUUCUAAAAUAUUAGAUGGAGGUAAGAUUUAUAAGGAAAGUUUUACUUCUUGUUUGUUUGGCUAUCAAGAUUCUCCUGUACCAUCAACUUUGAGAUUAACUUAUAAUAUUGAUGAUAAAAACUUAUUAAAAUUACAGAUUGAUAAUAAAAUUUGCUUCCAAACAAGAAAAAUACUAUUGCCAUUAAAUUCUAAUUAUAUAUUUGGUUCUACUGCUAAGAAUGAUAUAACUAAUUCAGAAUCAUUUGAAAUCUUAAAAAUGAAUUUCUUUGAUGGAAUUAUUUCAAAAUCUUUAAUACCAAAUGUUAAUGAACUAUCACAACCAAUUAUAAUGAAAAAAAUUAUUGAUUCUAAAACUGGUAAAGAGCAAAUAGUUGAAAAAUCAAUUUAUGAUUCUGAACAUGAAAAAUUAUCUAGUUUCCAAUUAUAUAAGAAGAUUGAUAAGCUUGAAGGAGAAAUCAUUGCAAAUGAUAUUGGUAAAUUAAAUAUUCAGCUAGAUAACGCUUUGGAAACACAUGAAGAACUUAUGAAACAGUUGGCAAUUAUUGGAUCAAGACUGGAUUAUUUGAUGCAGCAAAAAGUUGGUAAAACAGAAAGAGAGGAGGAAGACUUGGAUAUGUAUAAUCAUUUCUUAUCAUUAAAUGAUAAACUAGGUUUAUUAUUGGCAGAACAAGAAAAGUUAAGAGAAAAGACUAAAAUAGAUGAACAAUCACGUCAUUCUGUUAUACCAAAAUAUGAUGAUUUGUUCCGUCGUAUAUUAUAUUGGCUAAUUCCAUUAAUGCUAAUGUUACUGCUAAUGACAUAUUAUACUUUUAGAAUUAAACAAGAAAUUGUUAAGGCAAAAGUUCUAUAA